GGCUACCACCGAUUAUGGAGCCACAGAAGCUUUACUGCAAGUACGCCGUUGAGAAUAUUCUUAGCAGGGAUUGGAACACUAGGAUUCCAGGGGAGCAUCCGGUAACAUUACUCGCCAAUCAACUAUCGGAAAAAAAUCUGGGGAACCUUCCUGUACUUACUAAUGGCGGGGGCUUAGGUGGUGGGUAGUGAGGCAUCGCCUCCAUCACCGUUAUACAGAUACCGAAUCCGAUCCGUAUUCAGCAGCGAAUGGCCUCUUUUUCUCUCACGUCGGUUGGAUUUUUUACAAGACAAAAUAUCCCAAGCUUCCGUUAGUGCAAAAAGGAGACUUGGACAGCGAUCCGGUCGUAGUUCUUCAGCAUCGAUACUUUCUAGAGUUUGCCUUUCUGACCUGUCUAGCCUUACCCGCAGCCAUCGGUCAUUUUUGGUUAGGCGGUGCGUGGGAAGGGCUUCUGUAUGGGGGUAUAAUACCACGAGUAAUGAUCUGGCACUGCACGUAAGUUCUAGAAAGCGAGCUGUCUUGAGGUAUAGUUGAUCACUUAUGAAAACUAGAUUUCUGAUCAACUCAAUGGCGCAUUAUCUUGGUCAUCAGGAGUAUACAAUUGAGGUAACCGCAAGAGGAAACCUACUCUUGGCAAUGCUGACCCAAGGUAACACCAUUCUCGUUCAAUCUUGAUUUUCCAGUGUGUUGCAGGCUAUGUGGGAGUGGGUAUCUGAUUAUUGUGGAAUAGGAGAAGGGAAUCACAACUUUCACCACGCUUUCCCCUCAGACUAUCGAAACGGUUUCGAAUCUACGGACUGGGAUCCGACAAAGUGGAUUAUAACUUUCCUCUACAAGUUCACCUCUCUAAUUCCAUCCGUACAUACCACCCCCGAAAAACAAGUAGAGAGGGCGAGAAGCCGAGUCAUUGGCAGUGAUAACCGACAUGUGGAGAGAGACUUGGCACAGGUAGAUUUGAGCCAAGUACCGGCGCUUUAUGAGGGGAAGCCCGUUAUAGUUAUUCACGGGUUCCUCUAUGACGUGGGUGAUUUUGUUUCCAGGCAUCCUGGCGGUGCUGCCCUAAUGGAGAGAGGGUACGGGGGAAAGGAUCUAUCGGGACUAUUUGAAAAGCUCAAUAGGCAUUCUCUUCAAGCUAGAGAUCUGAUGAUGGACAUGGAAAUUGGACAGAUUAUUUCUUAA